GCACUGGGGGCACCAGAGUACGCUAGGUAGUGGCAGUGGCGGCUGCACCCGCGGCUGGCACUUAAGCACGCGCGCAGCCAGGGGUGGGGAAGAGGGAGAGGAUGGGUGGGGGGAGUGGAGGCAGCACACGUGUGUGGGAGCGGCGGAAAAGCGGCGAGUGCACAGGACAGGUGCAGGCGCGCAGCCUUCCCAUUGGUCCCAGGCUGCGACCCUCCCGCCCCCGCUGCAGCUCUAGCUCUAUCUCCAUCUCCGGCUCCAGUUCCUUCUGUGGGUACGUGUGCACGCGCCCGAGGAGGGGAGGGGAAGACGGGGCAGGAGGACGGCGCGUGUCCGUCCUCCUCCGGUUCCAACUCCCCCGCCCCUCUGCCCCAGACCCGGCACAUCUUCCUGUGUAGCUGCUGCCACCGCGCGCUCGCGGACACAGACUCUUGUAAGCCGGAUGCCCUAUGUGGAUAAAAGAUGUAUCAUGGAAUGAACCCGAGCAGUGGAGAUGCUUUUCUAGAGCAGCAGCAGCAGCAGCAGCAGCAGCAGCAGCAGCAGCAGCAGCAGCAGCAGCAGCAGCAGCAGCACCAGUUUCCCCCGAGACUCUUCACAGUGGUUUUGUGGUUUCAGCUAGCGCUGUGCCUUGGCCCUGCACAGCUCACGAAUGGGUAUGAUGAUCUUCGAGCUUGUGCUAACCCCGGAAUCCCAGAGUAUGGCUUUCGAAUACCCAGUGGAGGGGUUUUCUUUGAAGAUUCUGUAGCCCGAUUUCAUUGCCAAGAGGGAUACAAGCUUAGGGGCCCACCAAGAAGACUGUGUAUGAAACACCUGAAUGGCUCCCUAGGUUGGAUACCAACUGAUACACCGGUGUGCCUACCAGAAGGCCCAGAUUGCCGCCUUCCUUAUAUUGAAGAUGCUGAUAUUGGUAAUAAGACAUACAAACAUGGAGAUAAGUUGAUAAUCAGCUGUCACGAAGGAUUCAAGAUCCGAUAUCCUGACUUGUACAACAUGGCGUCAACGUGUCGCAGUGAUGGAUCGUGGGAUAAUCUGCCCAUUUGUCAAGGUUGCCUGAGACCUCUGGCUUCUGCUAAUGGUUACGUCAACAUGUCUGAGUACCAGUCCAACUUCCCCGUGGGAGCAGUGAUUGCCUACCACUGUUUCCCAGGAUUCAAACUAGAGGGGUCAGAGUAUCUCGAGUGCUUAUAUAACCUUAUCUGGUCAUAUAGUCCACCCAGGUGCCUUGCUUUAGAAGUAUGUCCUCUUCCACCUAUUGUGAGUCACGGAGACUAUAUCUGCCACCCAAGGCCUUGCGACCGAUUCAAUCAUGGGACUGUGAUUGAGUUCUAUUGUGAUCCUGGUUACAGCCUCACCAGUGACUACAAGUACAUCACCUGCCAAUAUGGGGAAUGGUUUCCUUCCUAUCAAGUCUUCUGCAUAAAAUCAGAGCAAAUUUGGCCCAAUCCCCAUGAGACCCUACUGACAACAUGGAAAAUAGUGGCGUUCACAGCAACCAGUGUCCUUCUGGUGCUUCUGUUGGUCAUUCUUGCCAGGAUGUUCCAGACCAAAUUCAAGACACAUUUCCUCCCCAGGGGCCUCUCAGGGAGCUCCAGCAGUGACCCUGACUUUGUGGUGGUGGAUGGGGUACCCGUCAUGUUGCCUUCCUACGAUGAAGCUGUGAGCAGCAGCUUGAACGCCUUAGCCCCAGGAUACUUGUCUUCUGUAGGCCAGGGCUGCCCCAUGCCAGCAGAAGAUCAGAGCCCACCAGCAUACCCUGGUUCAGGGGACACAGACACAUUGCCAGGGGAGGGUGAAACCUGUGACAGCAUAUCGGGCUCUUCAGAGCUACUCCACAGUUUGUAUUCACCACCGAUGAGCCAAGCAGGAGCACGACCUGUUUUAGAAAGAAGCAACGCAGUAGACGCCACGUCUGUAGAGGUGUCCACCGGCCCAAGCAUUGAUAUUGCUGAUGAAAUCCCACUGAUGGAAGAAGAUCCUUAGCCUGUUUAUUAUCCAAUUGCACCUUUGGGAGAGGAAAUCGUUCACUCUAGUGGGUGGGGUGUAAAUGAAGAGAUUUUGGGGAUUGGGGAGAGGUCUUUGUUUUUCCUAUUUAUCCUCAAGGUGACAGCACCUGAUUUUGUGCCCCUCGGAUACAGCAGUGGGGUUGCCUAACUCCGCAGUGAUGGUUCUUUCACAUGAGACUUGGGGAUUAUUUUUCCAAUGCCAAUAGUCCAAGAUGGGAAGGGGGAAGGAACCCUUGCAAGUCCUUGGAUUAAGAUAAUCAGUGUAUCUCCAUGUUGAGAGAAGUUGAAUGAUUCCAUACAAAUCCCACUGAAUUACACAUCCCAUUGAAUUAUUGUUAUGAGUAAUAUCUGCCUUCUCUGAAAGCAUGUCAUACUAUGUAAAUUUGCUUCUAAAACCUGCUUUGUACAAUCUCUGGACUCCGGUUUAGGCUGAAUCAGUCUAAGGAAAAAGAAUCUGUGUUGGGCUACUGAAAGCAGAAUUGAUCCCCUUUUUACAUUCAAAAAGAAAUAGGUUUCCAAAGGAAAUCUCUUUCCUUGGUUUUUGGACAGUUUUCUUCAUUGUGGAUACUAUCCGUCCUGAGCAGGGCUAAAGAUAGAAAAUAUUCAAUGAUUUGGAUAUGGUAAUUAAACAGCCAGCCAUCAGAAACUCUUAAAAGAAAGACUCAUAGCCAGACUGGGUUUUCUGGAGAUUUCUUUAUUCUGUAGGUGAAGUAGGCCUUCUGUCCCAUAGACCAUCCAAGGUGAAGUGUUGGUAUUUAUAUUUAUGGAACACUAAUAUGAAUCCAUUGCAUUUGCUAAACCCUGUUAUUUUUCCAGAUGGCCAAAAAAGUGUUAGAAUACCAGUCUCAUGGUGGAGAAAGUAUUGAAAAGGAUACUUUGUUGCAACAUUUUUUAAAGAAAAAAAAAUACCCUUUA